AUGCCUUCUUUGUCCAGCAAGAGCUUAUGGACGUGUGCCCACGGUCUGCGAGAGGAGCCGCAGUUUGUGACGGCGCGGGCAGGAGACAGUGUGAUCCUGGGAUGUGAUGUGAGCCACCCGCUCAACGGCCAGCAGACGCCAUACGUGGUGGAGUGGUUCAAGUUUGGAGUGCCCAUCCCCUUCUUUAUCAACUUCCGCUUCUACCCGCCACAUGUGGACCCAGAGUAUGCUGGUCGAGCUAGUCUGCAUGGCCGCGCCUCUCUGCAGAUUGAGCAGGUGCGCUCGGAGGACCAGGGCUGGUACGAGUGCCGGGUGCUCAUGCUGGAACAGCAGUACGACACCUUCCACAACGGCAGCUGGGUUCACCUCACCGUCAACGCGCCCCCUACCUUCACGGACACGCCCCCGCAGUAUGUGGAGGUGCGGGAGGGGGGCAGCACCACUCUGACCUGCACUGCCUAUGGGAACCCCACCCCCAUCAUCACCUGGCUACGAGAGGGGCAAGAGCUCAUCACCACCAAGAAAUACACGGUGAAUUUUGGGAGCCUGACGGUGCUAGCAAUCACGAGGGAUGACCGUGGAGCUUACACCUGCCGUGCUCACAGUGACCAGGGGGAGGCGCUACACACCACCAGGCUGCUGGUCCAAGGACCUCCAUAUAUUGUGUCACCACCUGAAAACAUCACUGUAAACAUUUCCCAGAAUGCCAUGUUCACAUGCCAAGCCGAGGCGUAUCCUGGCAACCUGACCUACACCUGGUUUUGGGAGGAGGAUAACGUCUACUUCAAGAAUGAUCUGAAGCUGCGUGUGCGCAUCCUGAUUGAUGGGACUCUCAUCAUCUUCCGUGUGAAGCCCGAGGAUGCUGGCACCUACACCUGCAGCCCCAGCAACAGCCUGGGCAUCUCCCCGUCGGCUUCGGCCUACCUCACCGUCCAGUAUCCUGCCCGCGUGCUAAACAUGCCGGCGGUCAUCUACGUCCCACGGAAACUACCCGGAGUCAUACGCUGCCCGGUCGAUGCCAACCCGCCCGUCACGUCUGUGCGCUGGGAGAAAGAUGGAUACCCACUACGAGUGGAGAAGUACCCCGGCUGGAGUCAGACACCUGAUGGGAAUAUUCACGUGGCAGAGGUGACGGAGGACUCGCUCGGCACCUACACCUGCGUGCCUUACAACGUGCUGGGAACCUUGGGCCCGUCGCCCCCAGCCACACUGGUGCUAAAGGAUCCCCCUUACUUUAAUGUGCGGCCCGGGGGCGAGUACCGUCAGGAGGCUGGUAGAGAGCUGGUCAUCCCCUGUGCUGCUUCUGGAGACCCGGAGAUCCCCACCAUCUCCUGGAGGAAGGUGGGGAAGCCCAGCCGGAGCAAGCACAACGUGCUCCCGAGUGGCAGUCUGCAGUUCGUGUCGCUGGGCAAGGAGGACCACGGGGAGUGGGAGUGCGUGGCCACCAACGUGGUGACCAGCAUCACGGCCAGCACACGGAUCAUCGUCAUCGGUACGAGUCCACAUGCCCCGUCCAAUAUCCACGUGAACGCCAUGAUGACGUCUGCGAACGUGUCGUGGGAGCCCGGCUACGACGGUGGCUUUGAGCAGACUUUCUCCGUCUGGUACGGCCCUGUGGUGAAGCGGGUGGACUUCGGACCCCACGACUGGCUGUCGAUGCCCGUGCCGGGCACCCAGAUAUGGCUGCUGGUCACAGGCCUGGAGGCCCGCACGGCGUACCAGUUCAGCGUGCUGGCACAGAACAAGCUGGGCACCGGCCCCUUCAGUGAGGUGGUCACCGUUAACACCGUAGUCUAUCCCUUAAGUACCCCUGAACCACUGGUGCUUCUUACACCACCACGGUGCCUCACAGCCAACCGCACACAGCAGGGCGUGCUCCUCUCCUGGCUCCCGCCGGCCAAUCACACCUCCCCCGUCGACCGCUACGUCAUCGAGUUCCGCCUGGGCGAGAGGUGGGAGGUGCUUGACGACCUCAUCCCCGCUGCCGAGACCGAGAUCAUGGCCAGAGACUUGGUCCAGGACGCCUGGUAUGAGUUUCGCGCACUGGCUGUCAUGGAUGACCUCAUCAGUGAGAGCAGUAAUGUAGUCGGAGUGUCAAGUACAGACCCCUUCCCCCCCACGGAGAUGGCGGACGAGAGCCUGGCGCGGCCAGUGGUGGCGGGCAUCGUGGCGACCAUUUGCUUCCUGGCCGCUGCCGUCCUCUUCAGCACGCUGGCCGCCUGCUUCGUCAACAAGCAACACCGACGCAAGCUAAAGCGCAAGAGAGAUCCUCCCUUAUCAAUCACCCACACCAGGAAGAGCAUCGAGACACCGCUCUCUUCGGGGAAGAUCAGUCCGGAGAGCAUUGCCUCCUCCUCGCGCCCCCCCUCUCUGGCUAGCAUGGGCCCCCCCGGCCUCUACGUGAAGCAGCUGCCCAGCCCCAAGAAGGAGAAGGAGCUGUCCCUCUACAAGAAAACCAAGCGAGCAAUAACCAGCAAGAAGUACAGCGUGUCCAAGCACGAGGCCGAGGUGACCUCACCCAUCGAGCUGAUAAGCCGAGGCCCCGACGGCCGCUUCGUCAUGGACAUGGAGACCGAGGCCUCCCUCCGCACGCGCCGCAUCCAGGGCUUCCCCUUCGUGGAGGAGUCGGACCUGUACCCCGAGUUCCGACAGUCGGACGAGGAGAACGACGAGCCAGGGCCCCUGCCCCCCGUCAUGGCCACCCUGAGGCCCCAGAUCUCCCCCGUGUCCUCCAGCCAGGAGUCCUACUCGCAGCCCCCCGCCUACAGCCCCCGCCUGGCCCACCGGCCGCUGGAAGGUAUGAGCAUCUACGAGAGUAGCGGCCUCCAGGCCACCGGCCAGAGCCGCGUCUCUCACUUCCACAGGCUCUUCCCUCACGGGCCCUUCUACGGUUACCUAGGUAGCGGAGUGGGCGUCGGCAUCAGCGGGGAGGCGGAGCUGCAGCCGCCCUUCUACCUGCCGGAAACCAGCUCGCGCAGCUCGGUGGCCUCCUCCACGCCGCCACCAGAGGGCGCCUAUUCGCACCCCCGCCUCUCCCUGGGGGACGGGCGAGACCUGCGGGGUCACCCCCACUUCUCCUCAGGCCACGCUCUCCCCCUCAGCCCCUCCCCAGGCCCGCGCUCCCCAGAGCUCUGGCCGCCUCCUGACUUCCCCUUCCUCAGCCAGGAGGGGGCGCGCCUGCUCCUGCCCCCCCACCACCGAGCCCUGCCCCCCGACCUGCCCCCCUACCCACCUCCCCCCCUAGGUGCUCCCCCCUUCUCCUCCCUGCAGCUCCCCUCUGCCUUCCUGCAGCUGGAGGCUCCCAAAGCGCCCCUCGGUGGCCGCUCCCCAACCUCCCAUCCCCCCCUUCAGGGUCCCCCGAUCCGGCAUGUAACUAUGCAACAGGCAGCGAGUAUGGGCACGCUCCGACACACGUCGCACGGCGUGGCCGUGCCCGUGCUGCCGUACGCUGGCAUGCGAUUGGGCAGCCCCAGCACGCUGCGCAGCGACAGCCCCGACACCUGGCGCCCGGAGCCGGAGCCCUGGCUGAGCCCGCGGGCGGCCCGUCGUGCCGACCUUGGCCAGCAGGUGGUGCUGCAGCCCUCGCGCCUCUCGCCCCUCACCCAGAGCCCCCCCAGCUCCCACGCAGGCUCCCCCGACAUCCUGGUGAGGCCCCCGCCCCCUCGGCCCAGCAUCCUGCGCCCCUCGCACUCGCAGGAGAUGCCCGAGACGGCGCCGCGCCACCCUCCCCUGGCACGCGUCAGCUUCUCGCAAGGUUCCUCCCCCGCCUCCUCCCCCACGCAGGGCUCGACUCACGGCCACGCACGGCGCCCCAGCCCUUCUUACCACGCCCAGAUGGCCUACGCCACGGCCUCCACCAGCUACCCCUCCCAGUCCCCCUCGCAGUCCCCCUCCCCGCCCCCCCAUGGCGCCCAGGGCCCCCCCCAUCUGAGGACGGACGAUGAGAGGCAGCCCUCCGAGCCGUCUGCGCUCCAGCUGGCCUCUGCAGGUUCCGGGGUUCUAAACCCCGCCCCCCCUGAGCUCCGUGACGAGCUCCAAGCCAAAGCGGUGUUUACUGGUACCUUGUUUAGGAAGCGUGUGGAAGCAUACGCCUGCAAUAGGAGUCGUGAGAUUAAGAUUAUAAUGUGUGUGCAGGCCACUCCUGAUGGAUACGCCAUAUCAGGAGGACGCUUCACGAGGUAA